AUGACAGUCCAUGGAAAUAAAUGUGCUGGUGUGAUAGCUGGUGCAGCCGACAAUGGUUUAUGUGGUGUAGGAUUGGCAUACAAUGCAAAAAUUGCAGGUAUUCGCCUCUUUGACGACUCCGCUGGCCAUAGGGCAACUGAUGCAAUGGAGGCACAGGCUUUAGUACACGAACUAGGAAAGGUUGAUAUUUACUCCAAUAGCUGGGGGCCUGGAGACCCUGGUUGGAGAGUGAAAGGUCCUGGGAGACUGGCCAGUGAAGCUCUAAAACUUGGCAUAGAAAAGGGUCGCGAUGAACGGGGCGCCAUAUACACAUUUUCAACUGGAAACGGUGGCUUAAUAGGUGACAGUUGUGCAUACAAUGGUUAUGUUAAUAGCAUUUACACCAUUGCCAUUAGCGGUGUAAACAAAGACGGCUCCCGCCCANUUAAGCCUCCAAUGCAAUCGUUUGACUGCGCUAGUGCAUUGUUGUUAGAGUGGACAUCUACUUUGAGGUUAAAGAUUAGGAUAAGCAUCUUUCUAACUGGAUAUCAUGAGAGUAACAGCUAUCACAUUUAUCGAUACCUUAAGGAGGACUUCAACAGUCUGAUCGUUCAGAUAACCGUCGAUAACCAGAAAGGAUGUGUGGACAAUUUUGGAGCAUCGUCAGCGGCAACAGCUCAGGCUACAGGCCUGAUUGCAUUAACCCUGCAAUCAAAUCCUCAAUUAACAUGGCGUGAUGUGCAACAUAUCAUUGUUAAAAGUGCAAGACAAGCGCCACUCUUGCAAGGUGAAUGGGUGCGAAACCAAGCCGGUUCAUAUGUCAGCAAGUAUUACGGGUUUGGCCUCAUGGAUGUUGAAAAGAUGGUGAGCCUAGCAAAGAACUGGAAAAGUGUACCUCCGCAGAUCAAGUGCGAAAUUAAAGGCGGAGAUCCAAGAAAAGUAAUUCCAGGUAGCUUUUCAGUAAGGUUCAAGAAGUGCUCCAUACGAUCCUUGGAACACGUUCAGAUCAGAAUAGAUCUUGAUUUCAAGCACCGAGGAGACUUGAAGUUAGAGCUUAAAGCGCCUAGUGGUACAAUAUCUCCAAUGACCGGAGAGCGUCCCCUCGACAGCUUGACUAGUUUCGAAAACCUAACCAACUGGCAUAUCACAACAUUAUUUCACUGGGGCGAGAGUCCUGUGGGGGAGUGGGAGCUUAGUGUUCAAGAUUUUGCUGAAGAAACCGCAACCCAAGGCACUCUUUACAGCUGGUCUUUGAUUUUGUAUGGUACGACCUCAGACCCUCCGAUUUCGAGGGUGUUCACAAUGGUGCAUUCAGCAGCACAUACAACGACGACAGUAAAGAAAACGCCAAAAUCAACUUUUGUUUUAAUUACGUUCGAGUCGUUCUUAUGUCCUUUGUGCCAGAUAAUCGACGAUGAGUCCUGUAUCUCUUCAAUUAACAGCUCCGGCAGUAAUGAGGGGCCGGACAAACACUCACUUGAAACAAAAUCACCAAACAAACACGCCUUAUGA